AUGAUUGGAAUGGAAACUGUAAGAAAAAAAUCAUUAAGUAUAGUGGUAGUCACGAGGAAAAACAGAAAGAGAGUAUGUACACAUUGCAAAAAAUCAGGACGUAGAAGAAUAGGUUAUCGAAUGGACGGAAUAUUUCAGAUAUACAUUGGUGACGUUGAGUAUGGAGUAAUUGAAGUGGGCAAGAAGUUUGAUAAAACAAAACUAUUGACUAACAGGUUUAAACUGGUGAAGACUAUGCACAAUAUCUUCGUAUGCCUAAGUAAAGAAGCCUAUUUCGAAGAAAUGAAAGUAAGGCAACUUCAAGUCGCUGGUCUUAAAUUGCAAGUCUUACAAAUGAGUAGUCCCAAAGGGGUGUUGGCUAAUGUGUGGAAAAUGAAGAAAAUGAUCAUAGAGUGCAUGAAGACAGUGAAUACAAGAACCCAAGAUAAAGCAGAUUUUUUGCGAGAAAUAAUGGGCACAGAUACUCCACUAAUUACAAUUGUUGUUCCAUGGUCUAUUGAUACGAAAUGA